AACAUUGAUCGCUAGCUAGCUAAUGUAGUUCAUGCUAACGUUGGUUUGUUAUGCUAGCGUUAAACAAGACGACAUAGAGACUUAAAUGCUCAAUUUAGCGUUAUUCAGCCAAGUAAUGUCACAAGUCAGCGGUAUCUACCUCGCGUCAUCGCCUAUAUUAAUGAGCUGUAACUUUGCUCCAUGCUCUUUAGUAAGCUGCCGAGAAUGAAAAAUGAUCGUAACGUUAGUGUUGAGUUUAGCUAACGUAUUUAGCUUGAACUAGUAUGGAUGUUGAUGACUGCAAUGGCCGGUCUUACAUAUCAGCUAGUGGAGACUCUUCAAUGGAAAGAGAUUUUUCUGGGGCCCUUGGAGGUCCAACAGUGAGCACCCCAAACAGCAAGGAGACCUCUCCUAGUCGCUCCCUCAGUGCCAACUCCAUUAAAGUGGAGCUGUACAGCGAUGAAGACCCAGGUCGCAGUACUGAAGAUGAAAGAGGGGAGCGAGUAGAGGAAGGAGGUCCAGAGCAGGGAUCUGAGGCUGUUGGAGACUACAGGGAGACCACCAAUCCUGAAACCAUACCAACUGGAGCCACCAGAAUGCCAAACGGAAAGCUCAAGUGUGACAUCUGUGGAAUGAUCUGCAUUGGGCCUAAUGUUCUCAUGGUGCAUAAACGCAGCCAUACAGGUGAGCGACCAUUCCAAUGUAAUCAGUGUGGCGCCUCCUUCACUCAAAAGGGUAACCUGCUCCGCCACAUCAAGCUCCACUCAGGGGAGAAACCCUUUAAAUGUCCCUUCUGCAGCUAUGCCUGUCGAAGACGAGACGCACUUACUGGUCACCUUCGCACUCAUGCUGUCUCUUCUCCAACUGUAGGGAAGCCGUAUAAGUGCAGUUAUUGUGGCCGCAGUUACAAGCAGCAGAGCACCCUGGAGGAGCACCGUGAGCGCUGCCACAGCUACUUACAGAGUCUGGAGUCACAGCAGCCAUCCAGUGCACAGAAUCAAGGAGAGGAGAUGAGAGAGCUAGAGUUUAUACCUGACUCUCUACUGCAACCCUCCUCAGACAAGAUGGCAUUUAUCGAUCGGCUCGCCAACAGCAUCACCAAACGCAAGAGAUCCACACCACAAAAAUUUGUAGGACAGAAGCACAUACGCCUCAACCUUUCAGAUGCACCUUAUGAGCUAAGCACUGGUUUGGAUAAAGAGAGGGAGAUGCACGCAGGGGACCUUGAAACCCCGCACUUUACUGGUCUGGGAGGAGAAUACGCCGGUGUAGCAGGUAAUGGAGGAGGACGGGUAUCAGACACACUGAGGCCUACACACCUUCCCACCACUCACUCUUCAUGUUUAUCAGAACUCAGGCCGAUCCACAGCUCCAUUCACACUUCCCUCGCUCUAGGCCCGAGGCUGGAUUGUACAGGGAUUGGAGCUGGGCUGGGCGCUGCGGGUGUAGGGGGGAGGGAGGCAGCAGAGGGUCACGAAGACCUGCCUGCGGGUCGAAGUCACGCACCCUCCCCUAGCAAUGGUUGCCAGGACUCCACGGACACAGAGAGCAUGCCAGACGAGCCGUGCAACAGUACGGCCCUGACUCCAACCCUGCACAGUAACAACGGCCAUCAUCUUCUCCUCUCCAACAACCAUCAUCCAGCGCCUCCUCCCAUUGCACACCACAGGAGCCGGGACCGUCACAGUCCCAGCCACGCCAAAGACAGGGAGGUGGAAAGAGAGGAUGGAGGCCACUCAGCCCUCCCACCUCCUGCCCUCGCGCCAACUCCCAGCUCACCUACUGCGCCCUCCUCCACCUCUAGGGAGGCAUUUCGGGUUGUAGACGGGGAGGGGCGAGCUGUGCGCUCUUUUCGUUGUGAGCACUGCCGUGUGCUUUUCCUGGACCAUGUCAUGUUUACCAUCCACAUGGGCUGCCACGGUUUUCGCCAGCCUUUUGAGUGCAACAUCUGUGGCCACCGCAGCCAAGACCGCUAUGAAUUUUCUUCACACAUCGUCCGCGGGGAGCACAUCCUUGACUGAGGAGAAAGGGUGGACAACCUGCUUCACCUGGAGCUAUUGUUAUACUAAGACAAGGACCUGGCUGGGUUUGGUCUGCACACGAGACACAAAUGACCUGAAGCUGAUAUUAAUAUUUCAAACCGGUACUGGUACAGUUAACAUGUGCAUGAAUGGCAAGUUCCUGUGUGUAUUUCUUAAAUUAUAAUAGUGGUCCUUAUUAUUUUCAGUGCACUUUGAACAAUGAAUUCAAAUUCAUUUUAAUUAAAUGUAUUCUAAAGUAGAUGAAGAGCAAAUGCACUUUGCCAUCUGUAGAUGUGCCUUGCUCCAAAAUUGAGGAUUCAAACUUGAUGCACAAAUUAUGGGAAAAAAUCUGACAUUUGUCCCUAACCUGAAAACGUUCCCUUCUUGUGCACUUUAACAGAUGUAACUAAUAGUAUAUAUAAUAAAAAAAAGUGUCAAUAAGAAGUUCAUAGGAUCACCUACAAUAGAAUCUGUAGAGGUUGUAAUGCCGUGUUGCAUUUAUUCAGUGAAAUUAUUACCUAACAAAUGUUCUGCAAAGUUUUUUCCAAAUUGGGGUUGAUUCUAUAUAACAGAUUGCUUUUUAUAAUGGGAAUAAGUGAAGACCAAACUCAAAAACCAGGUCCAAGUCGUAGAUGUUUCUGAAGGGUUGUCCGUGAAUUAGAAAUGCACUUUUGUUUUUAAUGAGGGUUGGUGUGGACAGAUCUGAGAGUGUGUGUGUGAGUGUGUGCAUGAGUGACCCUGUGUUUUUUGGAAGUAAAUUGAAUAAGUAAAGUUGAAAAUGAAGGCCUUUGUGCGAAUGCUGUGUGGGGUAGCGUAUGAAAUAUUUGUUUUUCUUUUCUAUGACUGCUUUUGUUGCACUGAUACCUGCCAGAAUACUAUGAUUAUAUUAAACUAUUUUAUGGAAUACAUUAAUGACCUGCACAUUUCUCUCAAAAUGUGAGGAAAAACAAUUGUUUUUUCUCACUAGGAAAGUAUGAGUAUGAAUAUCACUGCCACAGUCUUGGAUUACUGAAGAGGUUAGGGUCUUACCAAGUCCUUAACAUGUUCCCUUUCAUAAUGACAUCAAACUGCAAACAAACCAACACAUAUUCUAUUUAUGCUAUAUUUAAAAAUUAUUUUGGUGUUAAAUUUCAUUGUAUUGUGCCUUUCUUCACCCUGAUCACACCUUGUUGACCAGAAUGAAGGACAUGAACUACCAACUGUCGUAUCUUGAAACAGAUCGUUGUGGGUGAUUUUAGACAUCAUGAACUACAAAAUAAUUUACUUAUUCAAGUAGCUUUCCAGACACUGUAAAGUCUCUGGCUUACAGCUUUGCACAAUCUUUCUUUCAUCCUAUUCAAAGAACCAAUUCUGCUAAUUUCUCAAAGACUAAAUGUGCAUGGCAUUUGGCACAAAUUGAUCUAACAUGAAUGAGUGCAUUGUGGAGUGGCAGUUUACUACUGUCCUCACAGCUUACAUCCAAAAAAAGAUGUUUUAUUUGAAUUUUCUUUGAACAUAUUUCAGUCCACAGAGUUGCCCAGACGCUGGUGUGAUGGGAAAGUGACACAGGUGUUUAUUUCAAAAUGGGUUUUGUCAGUUGUGAUCUGUGAUGAUGAAAUGAUCCUGUCUUGGUGAAGAAAUGUAUGUCAAGAGAAAUGUGUCAGUGGAAAGGAAACUGCCAGCUCUUGAUUCUGUUUCCAGUGAUAGUUAAUGUAGUCACUCCUCGUUACGACUUUACACAGUUUAAGCACAAGAAGUUGAACUGUCCUGCGGGCUGAUGAAGUCUAGAUUACAGAAAUGGGCACAAAAAUCAAGACGGCGUUGUAGAAGGUGUAUAUCUCUGUGUGCUACAUUAGAAUAGCCAUAAAAGUAAUUUGGGAAAGACUAAAUUUUCACAGAUCCGCUUAUAUCCAAAAAGUCUGGACAAAUACUGAAUAUAGUAAAAAUCAUCAGCUGAGCCCAUUAACUUUUGUGUGCAGUGCAGAAAAAAAAAGUAUUUUGACAUUAUUUCAUAUAAGUUUGUAAAUUUCCUCAGCAUCAAGACAUGUUGGUUCUUAGAAGUCUUUUGCAGGCUAAACAGAAACCACGGUCAUAAGUGUUGUGAAUGGUUCCUUGGUUCUGUCUUAUACUGAACUCGAUCUUGUACUGAACCUCACAUUUUAAGUAGUGGUCUAGAUGUGCAGAAGCUCUGAAAUAUUGUUUUUAUGAAGAGGAAUAAAAAAAGUACUUUUCAUAUAAUUUUUAGAUCACCAUGAGCGUAGUUCUCUGUAGCACCACACAAUAGUUCCCCCAUGGCUGAGCCAAAGAACCACUUAUUUCCUACUGUUAAGCACUUUUCCCUGUUGCAGUGGCAAAAUUAAAGUAAAUGAAUAUAUUUGUACAUACAGUAUGAAUUAGGACGAAGCUGCAAGGUAAUAUUUCUCUUUUCGUUGCUUUGUCAGGCAAACCUUGUAGAUGUUAAAAUGGUCUCUCUUUUUUUCUCCAGGAGUUAUCUCCACUUAGUUUUGCAGAAGAAUCUUUUUGGGGGUUUUCCCCUUUCAAAAUAAAAGUUGUAGAUGUUUACCUCAAAUUUACUUUUGUUUAAAGAAUUGUAACAAGUGGAGCUACAUUUGUUUUGACAGAUGGUGAGAAAGUUUGCUUUGGUGCACAUUGCUGAAUGAGGUUUAUAAUGCUCUUUGGUGAUCUCUUCUCAGCCGUAAUGAAACAAACUAAAAUAGGUGGUUCAAAUUUUCUCUCCCAAAGUUGAAGUUGCAUUUAAUAAUCAAAUUGUCUUGCCUUAAUAUAAGAAUUGACUGUUGAGAAUUGACAAGUUUGUUUUAAAUUGAACGUCUGUCACCGAAUCUUGAAAUGUACUUUCCUUUAACCUAAUCAAGAAAAUACAGACAGUGCGACUUCAAAUGAUUCAACACCAAAGUUGUCUUUGUAAAUUACUGAAAUGAUCAUAUGCGAGCAAAAAAAAUGCUUUGACCAAUCAAUACGUUACACUCUUCUUCACUGUGCAUAUUUGGAUUUAGACAACAACUUGUGUCUGCACAAAGGCCCAGGUGUGAUUCCUGUGUAUUAGACGUAACUAUUGUGCCUUUGGCUUAAGGUCUUUUCUGCAUCGUUUCCUCCCACCCCUCUCAGUUAAAAUUGUUACAUUUGAAGUGUACUAUUUGGUUUGAAAUUGUUAUUUACAAACAACUGUAUACCUAAUACGGCUAAGAACAGUGACCUUGGCCAGACUGCUAGGAGCCCCCAAGUCUGUCAAGUAUUGUACAAAAGUAAAGAAGCUUGGGCCCCCAAUCCCUCAUGACUUCUAAUCUACUGCAGAAUUCAUAUUUGAUAAAUUCUAAUUCUGCAUGAAAGAACGAGCACAUUUUACCAUGCAAGAGAAAAUGUGUCCCUUUUUCACAUGUUGAGUUUGCGUGUAUUUUUUUUUAAUUCAUGUGCAACACUAGACAGUAAUGUGCUUCUAAACCUGAUGCAUGUGGUACCAAUGCUGUUUGCGCCUCAAUUUACACCCUGGCCACCUUUCCAUUUUCUCAAAAGUAAACUGUAAUCCCAGACCAAGACAGCUAUAAACUUCAGAAGAGAAACUUGUUUCGUGGUAUUUUGUUCAAAUGUUUUCCUUGUUGCACUGUCUGUUCCCUUCAGUUUUACCAUCUUUGUUAACCUCCCCACUCCUGUAAAUGGUCUGAUAUCGCUUUAAAUAACUGCAGAGCCUUUUUAAAUGUAUCAUAUGUAAUUAUGCAUUUGCGUAAUUUGAUCUUAAACUACUGUAAGUUUUGUACUGUAAGAAAGUCUAUUCCAAAUAAAAAAAAAUACUUGA